AAAAAUACUCCAUCUCUCAUCUGCUUGUUGACUUGUUUUGACUUGAUCCAAUCUUGAUAGUCUUGCACCAAAACUUCUGAUGCCACUUGCACUUGCUGCUGGAAUUAUUUUGAAAUUGCUUGACCAUCUUGUAGUCAAAUGCACUGGAGAGAAUUUAUCCUAGUAGAUGUUGCUCCGUUGUGAUCUCGAUAUGUCCCGUGCCUGAAAGUUGAGUUACGGCUUCGCAGCGCUGCGUUGCAGCUGCUGCCCUUUCUCCACAAUCAUCAAUUUUUGGUAUUGUUGAGUAUAUUUACAAGUGGCGUUAUGGCUCCUCCCAAAGUGCGUAAAGUUGCUCUGAUGGGAUUCAAGGCGGUUGGCAAAUCUUCCAUCUCCAUUCAAUUUGUCGAGGGUCAUUUUGUAGAUUCUUACGAUCCUACAAUAGAAAAUACAUUCACCAAGGCUGUCAAGCACAAAGGACAUGAUUUUACCAUGGAGCUAGUCGACACAGCUGGACAGGAUGAAUACUCCAUAGUACCAAAUGCGUACACCGCUAAUGUUCAUGGCUAUAUCCUGGUCUACUCAGUCGCAUCGGAAAAAAGCUUUGAAAUGGUCAGUGUUAUCCGCGAUAAAAUCUUGGACAAGCUUGGCGUGGAUACUAUUCCACUUGUUCUUGUUGGCAACAAAUGUGACCUGCACCGUGAAAGGCUGAUUAGCACGGAGAGAGGAAAGUCUUUGGCUGAUAAGUGGAAUGCUGCGUUUAUUGAAGCAUCUGCUAAGCACAACCAUAGUGUUGAUGAAAUCUUCCAAACGGCCAUCAAGGAAGUUGAGAAACGGUCCAAUCCAGAAGAGCCGAAUGACUGCAUCAUUCUGUGAUGAAUUGGCAGCACCGCGUUCUACUAGACGAAUGGGGGUUAGGUGCAUAUUCUGCACACUGGCAUGCAUGGGUAGCCUUCCUUCUCUCUGUCCCUUUCUCUUUCCAUCCGUCAGUGUGUCAAAUUGUGUAGCAAUUGGCCUAUCCAUCUCCUCUCUCUCUUUCUUUAUAGUCGCUUUUCCUUUUUCUCCCUUCCUGGGUGUGCGCUGCCUUCUGGCGUGCAUCGUGUAAAUACUGGUUCUUGUUUGCUGUCCACACUGGCUCAAUGUGCUUAAUUGAGAAGAAUAGCCGGUAUGUACUGCUGGCCACUGUAGCAUCCAUUAUACAGACACACACGGACACGCACAAACGCGCAUACACACACAUUCUCUCUCUGGCUUGACAAUCCUCAGUUCGUUGAUGAAGUAGGUGUUCCUGGAUUUUUCUUUAGGCAUGCGUUUGCUGUGUGCCCCUUUGAUAUGCACGUUAAUGGUUUUACGGAUGUUGGAGUUGACCCGCUUGAAAAAUGCGUCCCGUUCUGCUGUUCUGAUCAUAAAAUGUAUUUGUUUUCUAGGCUGAUCCUGGUGUCAGCCGGGAUUACCAGCCAGAGCUGCUGCUACUGCUGCUAACCUCUGCUAUGCUCACUGGCUCUGCCACUGCUGGUCAUCAUGUUGCUUGUAUUGAUUUGCUAGGCUGACGUUUUUACCGUACCCCUGCUGAAGGCUGGGUGCACUGCCUGUCCGUGUGUCUGUGUGUGUUUUUAACCAGCAUCCUUGCUACCUCCCUGUCCAUAUGUUUGGUAUUUGUAAAGAAAUAUUUUAUCACUCCAUACAUGUCUUGAGUUACCGUCAUCAUCUUCAUCAUCGCUAUCUAAUCUCUUUUCUCAGUCAUAACCGUUGCAACAGCAGUUUGUGAACCCACCAAAAGUUUUUCUUGGUC